AUGAAUGGCUCCGCCGCGGCGGCCACCGCCGCCGCCGCCGCCGCCGCCGCACCUCCCUCUACGCGCCACCCAGGAAUCUCGUCAGACACCACCAUGGACGACUCCGCUGCCGCCGCGCCUCCCUCAACGCGCCACCCGGGAAUCUCGCCAGACACCGCCAUGGAUGACUCCGCCGACGCCGACGCCGACGCCGCGACGGACGAAGAAGCGCCGAAGGCGGAUCGGCAUACGCGAGCGAGAUGGUACCAGCUGGAGGCGCUGGAGCGGGCCCUGGCCGGGAACACGGUGGCCUUCCUGGAGACGGGGGCCGGGAAGACGCUCAUCGCGGUGCUCCUGCUGCGCUCCUACGCGCACCGCAUCCGCCUGCCCGCGCGGGGCUUCGCCGUCUUCCUCGUCCCCACCGUCGUGCUCGUCGAGCAGCAGGCGGGGGUCGUCGAGGCGCACACCGACCUCCGCGUACGCAAGUACUUCGGCGCCAUGGGCGUCGACCUGUGGGACGACGCCACCUGGAGCCGCGUCGUCGACGAGGCCGAGGUGCUCGUCAUGACGCCGCAGAUCCUGCUGGACAAUCUCCGACACAGCUUCUUCCGCCUCAAGGACAUCGCGCUGCUCAUCUUCGACGAGUGCCACCACGCCAAGGGAGAUUCCCCGUAUGCCUGCAUUCUCAAGGAAUUCUACCAUCCCCAACUGAAUUCUAGGCCAUCGGACCCUUUGCCUAGGAUAUUUGGGAUGACUGCUUCGCCCAUAUAUUCCAAAAGUUUGCAUCCGGCCAGCUAUGCCAAGCAAAUUUCUGAAUUGGAGAAUCUAAUGAGUUCAAAGGUGUACACUGUUGACAGCGAAUCAGCUUUAUCCCAAUACAUACCAUUUGCCGCUACCAGGAUUGUGUAUUACGAUGGUUCCGUCACUCCAUCAAACUCACAUAACCAUAUUGUCGGUUGCUUGCAGAGAUUGCAACAAAAGCAUUUAGAAGUUCUGGAAGGAAGUUUGCAUGGCUCGUCUCUGGAAAAUGCGAAACAAAGGAUAUCAAAAUUACACCGGACUUUCUUAUAUUGCACAGCUAAUCUAGGAGUGUGGCUGGCGGCAAAGGCUGCCGAGGUACAAUCGACUAAGGAAAAACUCUUAUCCUUUUGGGGUGACAAAUUAGAUAAAAAUGUUGAAAGCUUUAUUAGAAAAUAUUGUGAGGAAGUAUACAGAGAGCUCUCUUGUUUCUCAAAAAGAGGUCAUAUUGGCGAAGAUUUUGCAGCCGAUAUACAAGAUGGGCUAUUGACGUCUAAAGUUCAUUGCCUUGUCCAAUCUCUUCUGGAAUACAGGCAUGUGCAAGACUUGAGAUGCAUUGUAUUUGUCGAGAGAGUUAUUACAAGCAUUGUGUUGGAAUCCCUCCUGUCCAGUAUCAGUCAAAUGUCUGGGUGGAAUGUUAAAUACAUGGCAGGGGACAAUUCGGCUUUGCAUCCUCAGAGUAGGAAAAAACAUACUGAAAUUGUUGACUCCUUUCGAAGUGGAAAGGUACAUCUCAUUGUCGCCACGCAAGUUUUGGAGGAGGGCCUGGAUGUGCCAAGUUGUAACUUGAUAAUUCGGUUUGAUCCAGCAGCAACUGUAUGCAGCUUUAUACAGUCACGUGGCCGAGCUAGGAUGCAAAACUCUGACUAUGUUUUGCUUGUUAGAAGAGGAGAUGCAGAAGCUCUUUCUAAGACAGAAAGGUUUCUUGCAAGCGGACAAAUAAUGCGCGAAGAGUCUCUGAGGCUGGCAUCUACUAUGUGUCAACCACUUGAAAACACCUUGUGUGAAGAAGAUCAUUACUGUGUUGAAUCUACUGGAGCAAUUGUGACUAUGAACUCCAGCGUUCCGUUGAUUUACUUUUUCUGCUCAAAGCUCCCAUUUGACGAGUAUUAUAAACCUUUACCAAGAUUCACUAUUGAUAAGGCAUUAUGCUCAUGCACCCUGCACCUUCCGAAGAGCAGUCCUGUACAAACAGUUUAUACAGAAGGAGAAGUUUCUGUCCUCAAGAAGGCAGUUUGCCUUAAGGCCUGCCGAGAAUUACACACCAUCGGCGCCCUGACAGAUUCUCUGUUACCAGAACUAGGUGUUCCAUGGGAAGAAGAACCCGACAUUGUUGUUGAGAAAUACCAACACGAGCAGCCUGACUACUAUCCAGAAGAAUUUGUGGACAACUGGUUCUCGUUUUCCCGUCUUGGCAUAUAUUAUUGCUAUAAGAUUUCACUGGAAGGAUAUUUUAAAACAACCGCUUCUCCAACUGACAUACUUUUAGUGGUGAAAUGUGAUUUGGGACCUGACUUUGUAUCUAGCUCAUUUAAAUUGUGUGGUGCGCAAGACUAUGUUAAUGUUGCCAUUAAAUACGCAGGAAUAAUCCAUCUAAACCAAGAACAGGUAACUAUGGCUCGAAGAUUUCAGGCAACUGUUCUUUCUUUGCUUAUUAACAAAGACCAGUCUGAAGGCAUCGAUGCUAUUAAAUACUUCCACGAAAUGGAAGUGACCAUGGGAAUUGUAUACCUACUGCUACCCUUAGUUUCUGGUAAAGUUGAUUGGUGCAGUAUCAAGUUCUCCGCCUCCCAAGUAUAUGAAGCUAGCAACAAAGAUACAAAACACUGCCAUUCUUGUAAAGAGGUUGAUUUACUGCAGACAAAAGAUGGUCCUCUGUGCAGGUGUAUGCUUAAAAAUUCUAUUGUCUGUACCCCUCAUAAUAUGGAAUUGUAUGCUGUUACUGGGUUCCUUGAGUUAAAUGCCACAUCCCAACUGCAUCUACGUGAUGGGAGUGCCGUUACCUACAUAACCUAUUUCAAGACUAGGUAUGGUCUCGGCUUAACACAUAAAAAUCAGCCCUUAUUGGCUGCCAGUAAACUUGUUGAAGUACGGAACUUCCUCCACAAGCGCCAUUAUUAUGAAAAUAAAAAAGAAUCUUGCAAUUCAUAUGCUGUUGAGUUGCCACCUGAGCUCUGCAGAGUUCUGAUGUCACCCGUGUCUGCUAGUACUUUGUGCAGCUUCUCGAUUAUUCCUUCUGUGAUGUACCGCAUCCAGUGUAUACUUCUUUCUGCAAAGCUGAAGGUUCAGUUGGGCCCAAGAAUGCAACAGUUUGUCAUACCAGCUCUGAAGAUACUAGAAGCGAUAACAACAAAGGAAUGCCAAGAGGAAUUUUCGCAGGAAUCAUUAGAAACUCUUGGAGAUUCUUUCCUCAAGUAUGUCACAACACAACAUCUUUAUAGCAAAUACAAGCUUCAUCAUGAGGGAACACUAACCAAGAUGAAGAAGAACUUGAUCUCCAAUGCAGCUCUAUGCCAGCUAGCCUGCAACUACAACCUUGUGGGCUACAUUCAAGGUGAAGAGUUCAAACCAAAAUGUUGGAUCAUUCCAGGUCUUGGUUACAACAUGAGUAGCAACAGCAAAAUUUUGUCUUCAAGCUCCAAUGGUAUGUACAGUUUGAGGAAGAUGUCUCUUAGAAGUAAGAGAAUAGCAGAUACAGUUGAGGCCUUAAUUGGAGCCUACCUCAGUGCUGUUGGUGAACAGGCAGCAUUUCUUUUCCUAAAAUCAUUAGGAAUGGAUAUAGAAUUUCACACUAAAAUUCCACCAGAGAGGACGAUUCUUAUAAAAUGUGAGGAGUUCAUCAAUGUCAGAAGCUUGGAAACAAUUAUUGGUUAUGAAUUCAAGGAUCCUUUAUUGUUGAUGGAGGCGCUGACACACGGGUCAUACCAGAUUGCUGGCACAACUGCAUGCUAUCAGAGGCUCGAGUUUCUGGGAGAUGCUGUAUUGGACCAUCUCUUCACUGUAUAUUUCUACAACCAGUACCCUGAAUGUACUCCGGCAUUGCUGACAGAUCUUAGAUCUGCUUCUGUGAACAACUACUGCUAUGCGCAUGCAGCUGUUAAAGCAGGAUUAAACAAGCACAUUCUCCAUUCUUCAUCAGAAUUGCACCGAAAGAUGGCUUGCUACCUUGAGAAGUUUGUGCAGUCAUUUACGGGUUCAUCACAUGGUUGGGAAGCUGGCAUUGGUCUACCUAAGGUUCUUGGGGAUGUUAUCGAGUCAAUAGCUGGUGCAAUAUAUAUUGACAGCAAGUAUGAUAAAGAGGUGGUUUGGAAAAGCAUGAAACAACUGUUGGAGCCUCUUGCUACGCCAGAGACUGUUGAGUGUGACCCAGUGAAAGAGCUGCAGGAAUAUUGUGAUCGCAGAUCUUACAUUAAGUCUUACACAACAACCCACAAGGACGGAGUAUCAUCUGUGGUUGCAGAGGUUAAAGUUGAAGGGACUAUCUACUCAGCAACUCAAACUGGCCAUGAUAAGAGUGUGGCCAAGAAGUAUGCAGCGAAGUUGCUGCUAAAAGACCUCAAGGAGAAGGCGUGCCAAGGUUGUAUCAGUCAACCGUGACUAGCCUGUUGGUACACAAAUCAAAGUUUUUGUGGGAUCUUGGGACAGAGAUUUGGUGCAUAUGAGCACCAGUGAUCCCUUUUUAGAAAGGUAAUUAAAAAUCAUAUUUCUAAGUUUCAGCAAAAUCUGAAAAUAAAUCAUUGUGUAGUCAGUAUAUGUGGAUCUGAGUAUAGUGAUUCAAAUCUCCAAAAAGAAUCAGACUUUUUUAUUUUUGUGUAACUCAGAAAACAAAAUAUUUGUAAUUGAGAUAUUAUACGUUAGUGGAAUACAUCAUUAGCUA